AUGGACGAGGAGAUCACCGAGAAAGAGGCCGAAGACUCCCAGGACGGCGAAAGAGAGUGCAACGGCGGAAACCUCGAGGUAGCUUGUCACUACAUGGCACCGAAGGCGGACAAGGAGAUUGACGCCGAAGGAGACCAGCAAACUGACGACAAGCUGGGCGCUGGUUUCGUGCUGGUGGAUUUCCGGGACGACGACGAUGGCGUCGAGGAGUCCCGGCAUGAUAAAGCUGCGGUCGUGAAGGAAGACAAGACGAGGAAUAAGAGGAGGAAACAGAAGCAAAACGAACAAAGGGACAAACGGUCAGGUGGGACGGACGCGUCGGGCGAGGAGAGGGAGCCGAAGAAGCGAACGGUCGACGGAGGGAACGAAGACGAUAAGGACGACGCGAACGCCCGCGAGGCCGACCGUGAAAGUGACGACACCGACAACGACAAUGACAGGGACACUGACAACGACAAUUAUAAAGACACCGAGAAAAAGGACGCACAUGGCGGCGACAAUGAGUCUGACGCUGAGAAGAAGAGGGACGGGGACAAUGAGCCCAAGAAACGGAGGUCCCCAGCAUUUAACGACUACCACGUGGAGGACGGGCCGCCACCCCGACGUGAAUGGUCCUAG